AAUCAGCUUGAAAGCUUUGUUGUUUACCUCAUGCACAUUUUUAACCAUUACAUUGUAAGUUAGUAAAAUGGCUGGAAGAAAAGCAAUCAAAAAGUGUUAUUAUGAAAUUCUUGGUAUUGAACAAAAUGCCAGUGAUGAAGUUAUUCGAAAGAAUUAUAAAUUACUGGCUCUUAAAUAUCAUCCUGAUAAAAAUAUGGACAAUCUGGCCGAAGCAACUGAGAUGUUCCGUUCAGUCCAGGAAGCUUAUGAAGUGUUAACCAAUCCUCAAGAAAGAGCCUGGUAUGAUAAACAUCGAUCUGCCAUUUUAGCUGGACUAGAUAAAGAUUCAAUAGCUGAUUCAUGUUUCGACAUCUUUCCAUAUUUCACAUCUUCAUGUUAUUCUGGUUAUGAUGAUUCCGAAGAAGGUUUUUAUACCGUUUACCGGCACGUUUUCGAUGAGAUUAUCAAAGAAGAUACACCUUAUUAUGAAGACGACUUUGUUAAACCGAUGUCUUUUGGCUACUCAACCACUCCAUAUCAAGAUGUCCACCAAUUUUAUAGUUUUUGGGAUAGUUAUUCAACACCUAAAACAUUCGCUUUCCUCGAUUUAUAUAAGACAAUGGAGGCACCGAACCGACGAAUUGUUCGACUCAUGGAAAAGGAAAAUAAAAAGAUUCGAGAUGCGGCUAAAAAGAAAAGAAAUGAGGAAAUUCGGGAGUUGGUUGCAUUUGUCAAAAGAAGGGAUAAACGAGUUGAAGCUCACAAGAAAUUAGUUGAAGUAAAAUUAGAAGAGAAAAGGAAAAAAUCAGCUGAACAUAGAAAAAAACAAUUGGCGGAAAGAAGAAAAGAAGCUGAGAGUUACGAAGAAUCAAAUCUUUUUUCUGUUGGUGAUCUAGAGGAAGAAUUGAAAAAUAUCGAAGAAAAUUUUGCUGAAUAUGAUGACGUGAAGAAAAAGAAAAAGAAAAAUAAAGGUAAAACGAAAGACCAAGUUUUAACUGGCGGAAAGAAAACUGUCCAAGACGAACAAGAUAUUGAUGGCCAGACCACAAAUAAUGACCCAGUAAAUUGUGAUCAAGAUGAUAGUGCGAAUAAGGAAGAUUCGGAGACUGAAUCCUUCGAGAAUUGUGAUCUAUAUUGUAUGGCGUGUGAAAAAUUAUUUAAAUCAGUCAAGUCUUUUGAAAAUCACGAAAACUCUAAAAAACAUAAGGUUAAUGUAGCCGCUCUCAAAGUUUUAUUAGAACAAGAAGACCAAUCACUAGAAAAUAACAGUGAACUGGAAGAUAACGAGGAUGGUGUGAGUUGAUAACAGUUCGACUUGAUUAGUAAAAUAAAUUGACCAAAUAACAAUGUGGAUAAACAAAAUUGAAAGGAUGACGAGAUGUAUCAGAAAUAAUUUUAAUGUAAGGAAAAUAAGGAUAAUGACGCAAAGUACAAAAAAGAUGGUGGUUUUCAAAUACAAGAUACAAUAUAUGAGAGGUUGAAUUUAUAAUAAAUGUAGGCAAGAAUAUUAAAUUUUAAAUAAAUGAAAUAAAUGGAAAAAAUGGGAUUA